GUUAUACUUCCAGUCCUCCCGUGCAAGUACUGGAAGGCACUGGCUACCUUCAUACAGAUCCUCAUCUCUUUGGCAAUAGGCAAGAUGGUUCCCCAUUAAUGGUAGAAGAGAUCAAUAAUAUUGAAGCUGAAGACCCUUUGUGCAACUUCUACCCCCCAAGCUUUCUCCAGGCUUCAGAGGUGGAAAUGAGAGGUUCGGAGGAUGUUGUCCCUGGCACUGUUUUACAGCGGUUGAUCCAGGAGUGGCGCUAUGGCAAUCCCAAUGAGAAUAUGAACCUGCUGACUCUCCAGCACCAAGCUACGGGGAGCGCAGGACCCUCCAACUCCACUGCCAGCAGCACCCUGUCUUCUUCUGCAGAAAACCUUGUGCCGGAAGACUCACAAAUGGUCCAGCAGUCAGCACGGCAGGAACCACAAGGCCAGGAACAUCAGGGGGAUAAUACAGUGAUGGAGAAGCAGACCAGAGGCUCACAGCCUCAGCAGAACAAUGAAGAAUUACCUUCUUACGAAGAAGCUAAAGCUCAGUCUCAUUUUUUUAGAAGUCAACAGCCUAGUGUUGUUGGGCCCAGUUUCUACAUGGCCAGCAGCACUGGUCCAAAAUCUAAAACAGAAGGUAGGCCGACUUUGGCCCGUGCCAACAGCGGACAGGCCCACAAAGAUGAAGCCCUGAAGGAACUGAAACAAGGCCACGUGCGCUCCUUGAGCGAGAGGAUCAUGCAGCUCUCCUUGGAAAGGAAUGGGGCCAAACAGCAUCUUCCCUGCUCGGGGAGAAGCAAAGGGUUCAAAUCCAGUGGGCCCUCCCCUUCCCCAGCUUCCAAUAAAGGCAUGGAUCUGAGAGGACCCCCUCCAGAUUAUCCAUUCAAGAGCAAGCAGGGGGGCUCUCCAGGAAACAAAAGUCAAGAGCCUGGUGUGUUUUUUAAUGAACAACAUUCUGGAAUGAUUCAAGAAGUGACAAAGCCAUCGUAUUCGGCAUCACAGCCAGCGAGGAGCGAGGUGGCUAUUGUCCGAUAUCCAGGUCCCCCAGAAUAUGGUGUCUCCAGUCGUCAGUGUGCAUCAUCUUUUCCAUCACUGCCAACACCCCAGGAGCACAGCCCAAUGUCCUCUCAGACCUCCUCGCUUAGCGGCCCCCUGCACUCCGCGUCUCUGCCGCCUCUCUCAAUGGCCACAACAUCCCAGUCUCUGCCCGCAACUCCGCCUAGCCAGCAGCCCCUCACACCAGAUGCCUUCACGAUAGUACAGCGAGCCCAACAAAUGGUGGAGAUGUUGUCUGAAGAUAAUGAAGCCCUGCAGAAGGAGCUGGAGGGCUACUACGAGAAAGCCGACAAGCUUCAGAAGUUUGAAAUGGAAAUUCAGAGGAUUUCAGAAGCUUAUGAGGACCUGGUAAAAAUCACCACCAAGAGAGAGUCACUAGACAAGGCUAUGCGAAACAAACUUGAAGGUGAAAUCAGGAGACUCCAUGAUUUCAACAGGGACUUGCAUGACCGACUGGAGACUGCAAAUAGGCAACUGGCCAGCCGAGAGUUUGAGGGACAUGAAAAUAAGGCAGCAGAGGAUCUUUACGCCUCUCAGAACAAAGAGUACUUGAAGGAGAAGGAGAAGCUAGAAAUGGACUUGACGGCCCUGCGCUUGACGAAUGAGGAACAGCGAAGGCACAUUGAGAUCCUGGACCAGGCUUUGAACAGCGCCCAAGCCAAAGUCAUCAAACUAGAAGCAGAGCUACGGAAGAAGCAAGCGCAUGUCGAGAAGGUAGAGAAGCUCCAGCAGGCCUUGACCCAACUUCAGGCAGCCUAUGAGAAGCGAGAGCAGAUGGAGCAUCGGUUACGCACCAGGCUGGAAAGAGAGUUGGAAUCUCUGAGGCUGCAGCAGAAACAAGGGAACUAUCAAGCAGCCCCUGUGCCCGAGUACAACGUCCCGGCCUUAAUGGAGUUAGUGCGGGAGAAGGACGAGAGGAUUCUGGCUUUAGAAGCUGACAUGACCAAGUGGGAGCAGAAGUACCUCGAGGAGAGCACAAUCCGGCACUUUGCCAUGAGUGCUGCAGCCACAGCUGCGACAGAAAAAGAGACUUUGGCCACCAGCCACUCCCGCAGUGGCAGCUACAGCGAGAGCUCUCUGGAAGUCCGCAUAUGGCAGGAAGAAGAGGCGAAGAUGCAAAAGAACCAGAAGUGUCAGGACAUGGAAUACACAAUAAAGAAUCUGUAUGCAAAAAUCAUCGAGAAAGAUGCCAUGAUCAAGGUUCUUCAGCAGCGAUCCAGGAAAGAUGCCAGCAAAGGAGAUUCAGCAAGUUUGCGGCCCGCUCAGUCGGUGCCAUCCAUAGCUGCGGCUACGGGCACACACUCCCAUCAGACCUCCCUGAACCACACCCAGGGCGUUGAGGAGAAGAAAGAAGAAAAGUCUUGGAAAGAAAGCAUUGGUUUGUUGUUAGGAAAAGACACCUCUGAACACUCAUCCAUCCCUUCGUUGACCCUUCCAACUCCAUCUUUGUCCUCUACAAUGUCUUCAUGGCCGGUCACCAUCUGCCAUGCUAAAAUGGGCAGCAAAGACAACAGCACUCAGACAGACAAAGGCACGGAGCUUUUCUGGCCCACUGCAGCUUCUUUUCCGGGGAGAGGAAAACUGAGUCAUUCUUCUGGCAGCAGUCCGGCCCUGAGGCACAUCGCAGGCAAAAAUGCUGGGGAAAGACCAGAAAACUCUUCCAGCUGUGGGAAACUCCUGGACAUCAGCAAAAGCAGAGUUAGCAAUCUGCUUCAUAAGCCUGAAUUUCCAGAUCCAGAUAUGAUGGAAGUCCUUAUUUGAAGCCGUGGAGCUUUUGCUGCUUUGGGUAAAAGCACCUCAUCACCCUGGAGAAGAG